AUGGUCAAACCGAUCACGUCUAUUACUGUUCUCCUCAGUGUUGCUAGGACAGCUCUUGCUGUUAGCUGCUUAGACAAUCUGCCUGCAAGCGCAUUCGCCAAUGUUAAUGAAGCGGUCGAUUGCAUCAACUACCUUGCCGGCCUUGGAGGUCAGCCAUGCACCGGUACGGUGUCCGGCACCAAUUUCUGCCGGCGCGGGAACACCCAGAUUACUGGUAUAGCUGUUAACGGCGGAAGUUCGACGUCCUCUUGCCAGGACGUUGCUCGAGGUGCGGGACAAAUCAUGGAUAACUGCUCUCGUGGUGAUGGCAAGGUCAAGGGCCAGAACCCCGCUUGGGGCAAUGGUAAUCUGAUAGUUGAUAUCCGCAAUGUUGCUUAG